AUGUCGAAACUAUGGUCGAAGCGCCGACCUUCCCCGGGCCGCGAGACCUCGCCGCUCCUCGAGUCCGACCUCACCGUCGGAGCACCGAGCCAAGCCGACGCAACCCUCCACUCUCAUGAUGCGCCCUCGGGCGGCGUCGCACACUCCGAUACCGUCGCGAACCAGAUCAGCAGUGCCGAGCGCGUCUGGCUUUUUGUCGGGAUCUUCCUGGUCGGCUACGCCUAUGGUCUCGACAGCCAGGUGCGGGGAACCUACCAGCCCUACGCCACCUCAAGCCUCAACCUCCACUCAUCCCACUCAACCAUCAACGUGCUGCGGAGUGUUAUCGCCGUGGCAUCGCAGCCCACCGCGGCCAAGGUCGCCGAUAUUUACGGCCGCUUUGAGACCAUCGCUGCCUCUAUACUCUUCUAUGUCGUCGGGACCGCCCUCGAAGCCAGUGCCUCUUCGGUGGAAGUAUUCUGCCUCGGUGCCGUUCUAUACCAGAUUGGCUGGACAUGCAUCGUCCUCCUACUUGAGGUCCUCGUGGCCGACUUCUCGUCGAUGCGAUCUCGAGUCUUCUUCAGUUACAUCCCCGCUAUCCCCUUCGUGUUCAACACCUGGAUCAGCGGCAACGUCACCUCAGCUGUCUUGCGAGUCACAUCAUGGCGCUGGGGCAUUGGAAUGUGGGCCAUCAUCCUGCCCAUCUGCUCCAUCCCGCUCCUCACUAGCCUCUACACCUUUGGCCAACGCUCCCGAAAGGCUGAUCGUCAGGCCGAGUCGAAGAAGGCUACCGUCGACCUCUUCCAUCAACUCGAUGCCAUCGGCCUCGCUAUCCUCAUUACCGCCUUCUCUUUCACCCUAGCACCACUGACUCUGGCGGGAGGAACUGUGAGCCACUGGAAGAGCCCGGGAAUCAUCAUUCCGCUUGCCUUUGGGCUGCUUUGCAUUCCGGCGUUCAUCUUCUGGGAGCGCCGCUACGCCCAGGUCCCGCUCAUCCCCUUCCGCCUCCUCAGAGAUCGUGGCGUUUGGUCCGCCUUGGCCGUCCGCAGUCUUCUCAACUUUGCCUGGUCGACGCAAGGGAACUACUUAUACACCGUUCUCGUCGUGGCCUUUGACUUCCCCAUCGAGACGGCCACUCGCAUCUUGUCAUUCUUCUCCUUCUUCGGCGUUUUUAGCGGUGUCUUGAUGGGCGUUGUCAUUUAUAGGAUUCGAAGACUCAAGGGCAUCAUCAUUACUGGCGCUUGCAUUUUCACGGCCUCCUUUGGACUUCUCAUAUUAUACCCUGGAGGAGCUUCUUCUCCUUCGCAGUCUGGGCUUAUUGCCGGACAAAUUAUCAUGGGCCUGGCGGGUGGUCUGUUUGCGUACCCGACGCAGGCCUCCAUUCAAGCAUCAUCCGAUCGGGAGCACGUUGCGGUCGUUACGAGUCUCUACCUCGCCAUCUUUAACGUCGGGAGCGCCCUUGGAAACUGUCUGUCAGGGGCCAUGUGGACGCAGCUUCUUUACCCCUCUCUCGAGUCCAACCUCGAGUUCCAGCCGAACAAAACCCUGGCGGCACUGGUCUACAACUCGCCAUUCUCAACCAUGGAAGAUUACCCGGUCGGCGGAGAAAUCAGAGACGCCAUCAUUGACAGCUACCGUGGUGUUCAAAGGCUUUUGUGCAUUGCUGGACUGUGCAUCUGCGUGCCCAUGGUCGGCUUUGCUUUCGCGUUGAGAAACCCGAAGCUGUCGGAGGAACGGGUCCAACCCGAGGCUUCGGCCGAAUCGGACUGA